UAGUACAAUGUUGGGCCCGACUCCGAGGUCGAUCUGCACAAUCGCCCGGGCUAGGCACAGGUUAUUAGUAUUAGAACACGGCAUACAUUUGGAGCCACUGCAGUGAAGGCGUAAGCAGAAAUUUGUCAGCUGGUGCGCGCAGGCUUUUGCCUUUUAAGUUUGUCUCUUGGCAUUUGCCAAUGGAUGAGCCCGGGCCACAAUGGAAAAAAACGUGUUCAAGUUUUAUCCGAUUCGUAUAAGGGGAUAACCAAGCUCUUUCCUUUCGAAAAGCUGGUGCUUUGGCAGUAGCUGUCUGUGAAGUGCCUACUCUGAGCGUGCACCUUGGCAUCCAUACGCAAUCAUUGUCCUGCUCUAGUCAAUUGUACCAUGGAUCCUGCUUCGUCAGCUGUGAUGGAAGCCUUGUCCACAAUUCGUGGUGUUCAGGAUCUUAGUCACCAGUUUGGUACUAAGGUUCUGAUUGCACGGGGCGGCUACUCCGAGGUCUAUCGUGCCGAAUGGCUCCAAUCUGGCACUCUGGCGCCCGUGAAUGUCUGCUACAAAGUUCUCAAACCGCCUAUCAGCGACAUGCCGCCUGUGGUAGAGGAAGUAAAAAAAACCAUGAAGGUGAGGGCUUUCUCAGCGGGAUUGACAACAUUGAAGUCCACGUACUUCACCAGCACCUAAAGAGAGAGAUGAAGGC